AUGGACAGCGAAUCUAUACAAAAAGCUCUUUCCGAGGCUAAAGCUUUGGUAGCUUCACUAGAGAAAUAUGAUGGAACGCCAGAAGGGCAUUUAUCUUUGCUCAGACAAACAGAUAAGGUUCGCACAGAACUUGAAGAGCCAUACGAUGUUGCAACUAGACUCUGUGAGAACUUGAGUGUGGCAUCAGCUAUAGAUUUUCUUAUUGGCAUGGACGUUUUCGAGAUGUUUCCAGACCAAGGAAAUAUUACCGCUGCACACCUUGCCUCUCAUUUCAACAUUGAUAUUUCGAUGAUCACCAGAACUUUCCGAGUUCUUAUAAUUAACGGAAUAUUCGAAGAAGUAGGAAAAGAUGAAUAUACCCAUAACUUAAUGUCGAAGGCAUUCCAUCCCCUGGUAUUUGGAGGAGUCGUGUAUUUGUCGGUUGAUCUGAUGAAGACAUGGAUCAACCUUCCCAAUUAUGCUAAAACUCAUCAGCCAAUCGAUCUCUACGAUAACAGGAAAACACCAUUUGCAGUGACCCUGGGUCAUGAAGGCAAGAAAUACUACGAAGUAGUGGACAUGGAUGUGAAGGGCCGGGCAAUUUGGAAUGCAACUCUGGCCAAUAUGGCGAAGAAUUUUCCUAUUUUGGGCAUGUUUCCUUUCAAAGAAAUGGAAGAACAAGUCCGAAGAGAGCCCGAAAGACCGUUUAUCGUCGAUAUUGGUGGUGGAAGAGGCCAGGCUUCCCUAGUGAUCCGAGAAUAUUGUGGUGGCACAUUCGGUUCGAAGAUAAUAUUGCAAGACCUCCCUACAGUUAUCGAAACACUCAAGCCGGAGGAGUUACCAGAUAUUGAGCCUAUGGUGUAUGAUGCCUUUACCCAACAACCAGUGCAAGAUGCUAUUGCUAUCCUUAAGAACACCGCAUCUGCAAUGGCGCCCGACUCGCGGCUGAUUAUUGGUGAUAUGCUUGUACCGGACCGGGUAGAAGUGGGUGGGCCAAUGACUUUGUAUUGGCUUGAUUUUGCUCUGCUUGCCAUCGGCGGGAAGGAAAGGUCUCUCGAUGAGUUUAAAGGCAUUUUGGCCGAAGCCGGACUAGAGCUUUUCAAAGUGUAUCAUUCGAAAGGCGAGAACAUAGUCAUGCUGGAGGCGCGAUUGAUUGGAAGUGACUAG